GGGGGGAGUCUAGCCUCCUAUAUAAGCCGGUGGAUGCCUCAACCUCUCAUCUCACCCGGAUACCCGACAGCAACGCAAACAUGUCUUUCACUGGGAAAUACGAAGUGGAGUCGCAGGAGAACUAUGACGCUUUCAUGAAGAUUAUCGGUAUCCCUGCAGAAACUAUCGAGAAGGGAAGAGAUUUCAAGUUCACCACAGAGGUCGUGCAGAAUGGAAAUGACUUCGCCUGGUCUCAGAUCUACCCGGGACGCACAAUGACCAACAAGUUCUCCGUAGGACAAGAAGCCGAAAUGGAGACCAUGAGUGGAAAGAAAUUCAAGGCGACGGUUAGACUUGAAGGGGGGAAGUUGGUGGUCGACUUGGACCGAUACCGCCAUACAUCGGAGAUUGUUGACGGAAAGCUGGUGGAGAUAUCGGAGGCUGGAGGCGUAGCCUUUAAGAGAAUCAGUAAAAGGGUGGCAUAAGCAAGAUAAUAUUAUUUUAUGUUAAUAAAUUCAAAUAAAUGCUUGAAUAUCAUCA